AUGGCUGGUCCAGAGGAGAUGCCGGAUGUUGAAUCUGCUGGUGUUAAACGGCCGUCGGUGGAUAUUGAGAGCUUGCAACGAAAGAAGUUCAAAACCGAAGAGUUACCAUUGUCUCCCACGCAGCAUAGGACUAUUGAGAAUCUCCUCCACGCAUUUAAGAAAAGGGGCGGCUUCGACACUACGCGAAAGAAAUUAUGGACGGAAUUUGAUGAAGGAGAAGGGAGGGUAGAGUUUACCAAUCUAUUAGUCGAAUUAGCGGAAUCCGAGAUCACUCGCGAACCAGAACUACUUUCUCGUGAACGUGGAAAAGCUGCGACGCUAAUCGAAGGAGCUGUGGAUCGUAGCGACAUCUAUAAAACCGUCGAGGCGUCGCUUGAUGCGCUGGCUUCGAAACAUCUUCCCGCUAUCCUAGAGUCUAUCCGAGAGAUUCGCCGCGAGGAGAUUGGCGAUGAAGCUGCCGCUCGCGAAGAGCAGGCUGGGAAUAAGACGGACGAAGACUACGCUGCACAUGUUAAAGCUAAGCGGGAGGAGCGAGAGAAGGUGUGGCAAGAGACCUUGCGCAAACAGAAAGAAGCCGAAGAAGAGGAAGCGCGACGAAAAGCGGAGGAGAAGCGCAAGCAACGUGAGCUAGAUCGGCAAAAGGAGGAAGAAAGGGCAAGAAGAAGGGAGCGUGAGGAACAGCGCCGCGCAGAACAGCGAGUACAGGAUGAGCAAAGAGAAAAGGAACGGCAGGAACGAUACGAACGACGACGACGGGAGGAACGUGAAAAAUAUCGUGAUUGGCGUGACCGCAGUCGCACGAGGGAUAGAGAUUCCGAACGAGAUCGCGAUAGGGACCGUGACCGCUAUCGUCGUGACCGCUCGCUAGGCCACCGCUCUGAUCGUGGAUUAUCUCCCCGUGUACGCGAUUCACGACGGGAUACGUCUGCAACACCAAAGGAACCCACGCCGGCAGCUCCGCCUCCGCCUCCGCCCCCUGUGGAUGAGAAGUCAUUGGAGGAAGCGGCUUUGCAGCUUCUCCUGAAAGAAGGCGAAGAACUUGCGGCUAAAGCUCGACAGAAACCCGAAUUUGACUUCGAAGAAGCAGAAGCAAUUGAAAAUGGCCUUAAACCGCCACCGACGAAGCCGAAAGGUACCUCAGAAUCGAAAUUCUCUAAUACGCCCACCAAGUCCGGAAGCCCAGCUGUAGACACCGACCAGAGUUGGCGCCGUGGUUCGACUGCAGAUGAGCGCAAUCGCACUCGGAGACGGGAUGAUAGCCGUAGUCGUUCAAGGAGACGGUAUACGUCUCGAUUUGACGAAAACCGCCGGAACUCACGAGAUAUAUCGGCGCGGCCGCGCGACCGCGCCUCUGAUGAUAGGCUUGCUAUUCGUGAUUUCCGGGAAGACCGGUAUGGUGAUCGAAGUUAUCGGCCUAAUCGUCGGAGUAGGAGUAGAUCUACCACCCGAGGGCAGGACCGGGAUCGGGAUCGGGAACGCAAUCUAGAGCGAACUCGGUCUAGACCUCGAUACCGGGAGAGAAGUACAGAGCGUGACAGAGAGCGAGAUCAUGAAUAUCGCCGGGACCGCAGUCGCGACCGGGAUAGGGAGAGAAGAGAUAGGGACCGAGAUCAUGACAGGGACAGGGACAGGGACAGAGAGCGAGAUCGCGAUCGCGAUGGUGACCGUGAUGACUAUCGUCGACGGCGUUAUUCUCGGUCCCGAUCGCGCGCUAGAUACCGAUCGCGCUCUCGCUCCCGUCAGAGGCACCGGGAGCGCGAACAUGAUCGUGACCGUGACCGUGGUCGAGAGCGGGAUAAAGAGCGUGACAGUAAACGUGAGCGAGAUAAAUCUGGCUCCCGUGUGUCCGCCUCCUCGCGGAGAGGGUCUCGCUCACGCCGGCGAUCUCCGAGCGUUCUUGAUAUCGACCGGUAUGUACCCCCGACUAGCAAUCGAAGUCGUUCCCCUCGUCGGCGCGUCCGAUCCCCCGAGCGACCGGAGCGUGAUGACCGACCGCGCUUUGUUGAGAUUGAUCGAUAUAUACCCGGUGGAGAGCGAGAGCGUGACCGUGAGAAGGAUGCGGAUCGAAGUCAUGAACCUGAUGAUCGGAGACCACGAAGGAAAAGCCCUAGUCGGAGGAGCCGAAGUCGGUAG